GAGAGGAUAUGGGUCCAGGCCGAGCCGGCGGCGGGAGGAGGCGGCAGUGCCAGCCACGUCGCUCGCGGCCAGCAGGAGCUGCAGCAGCGCCUCGACGGGACGCACGGCGGAGCGCGCCAGCCACCUGCCUCGACGCCUUCCCCGAGAUCGCUGCUUGAUGGGCCCGGCGGGGCGACGCCCGGCGCUGCUGCUGCUGUGCCUGCUGCUCCUGCUGCGGACGGGUGAGUGGGCAGGAAAACCGACGGGCUCCGGUGCCCCCUGGGCAUAUGCCCGCCUCGGGCGCCGGCAGAUGCGCUGAGCGCCUUGGCUGAAGGCGCGCAAGCAAAGCCUCCAGGCUUUGCAGAGGCGCUCUCGGGCGCCCCGUCGGCUCCCAGGGCGAUGCAGCCCGGCUCUCGGUCGGAAUAGGUCCUUGGUGCAAUCUUGGGUAUAGGGAGCCACCCCCCACCCGGUCUGGAGCCCCGGAGAGCAGCUGCCUUUCGGUGUGCGUAAGACGGGGCUUGACGCACCGACGCCCUUAUCUGCUAGAUGGCAGCUCCCACUCUCCCCGUUUAAUUCAGAACUAAGACCUGGGAUCUUGACACUCACCUGUCACCAUCCUCUGUCUGGCUCCGCCCAGCAGAUUUGGAAUGAAAUGUCUCCACCACAGUUGUUGUUUCAAAUUACUUUCUCUUGACCCCCAAGGGCUCAGGGGGGAAAAAAUCUGUCAAAAUCUUCAGUCAUUUGGAAACUAGGAAGUUAAAUUAUAAUAAUAAAAAACAUGGGGAGUACCUUUCAUGCGGUUAUAUUUUGCAAAAUGACAAAGAGCACACCUUCUUUAAAUCUCGUUUUCUUAAAAAAAACCAAACUAAAACAAGUUUUAUUGGGUUUGCUGAACACCUUUCCAAAACUUCCUUCUCAAACUGUCCUUGUCAAACUGUCUCCACCACAGUUUUUGUUUCAAAUUACUUUCUCUUGACCCCCAAGGGCUCAGGGGGAAAAAAAUCUGUCAAAAUCUUCAGUCAUUUGGAAACUAGGAAGUUAAAUUAUAAUAAUAAAAAACAUGGGGAGUACCUUUCAUGCGGUUAUAUUUUGCAAAAUUACAAAGGACACGCCUUUUUUAAAUCUCGUUUUCUUUAAAAAAAUCCAAACUAAAACAAGUUUUAUUGGGUUUGCAGAAAACCUUUCCAGCACUUCCUUCUCAAAUUCCUCCUUUUCCCCAAGGCACUUUUUCUGUGCACACUCAGUAAGCGUAGCCCAUGGAGACGAUCCCCUGUCAUCUUGGACCUUAAAGGUAAAGGUAAAGGGACCCCUGACCAUUAGGUCCAGUCGUGGCUGACUCUGGGGUUGCGGCGCUCAUCUCGCUUUAUUGGCCGAGGGAGCCGAUGUACAACUUCCGGGUGAUGUGGCCAGCAUGACUAAGCCACUUCUGGAGAACCAGAGCAGCGCACGGAAAUGCCGUUUACCUUCCUGCCGAAGCGGUACCUAUUUAUCUACUUGCACUUUGUGCUUUCGAACUGCUAGGUUGGCGAGAGCAGGGACCAAGCAACGGGAGCUCACCCCAUCGCGGGGAUUCAAACCGCCGACCUUCUGAUCAGCAAGUCCUAGGCUCUGUGGUUUAGACCACAUCACCACCCGCGUCUCACAUCUUGGACCUUGGGCAGGUGUUUACUCUCUGAAAGGGACCGAAUGAGGGCUCUAGGUACAAGGGGUGCAUUGCUGAGCAAGAGAGAGGGGCAGAGCCCUUUUCAUGGUAGGGUAAAAGAUUUCUGCCUAUUUUACUAGGCCUGCGAUUUCAUUUUCAAAUAUUCUGAUUAUUUCUAUUUUUAAUUAUAUUUUUUUUAUUAUUAUUUACUUGAUUUAGGGGUGCAGCUGCUCCCUUGGCUAUGCCCAUAAUGUUAUUGGCAGAGCACUUUGAGAUGUUCUUGGGUUAAAUCCUUGGCAUAUCCAAGCAGGGCUGGAGGAGUCCCUUUUGGGGAGAUGCUGCCAGUCAGGGGAGUCAGUGGGACCAGGCAGCUUAAUGUAUGGGGCAGGGAAAAGUCCGUAGCUUAGGGUUAAACCCCCAGAAAGUCCCAGGUCCAAUCCCCCAACAUCUCCAGCUUAAAGCAUCUCAGGUAUACAGAACAACAAAACCCUGUGUUGCAAACUUAACGCAACAAACAACACAAGCAACACGAAGACCAAUAUACUAGACAGCACUGUAGUUCUUAUUACAUGAUUUAGUACAACAAAAACAAAAUGUGUACACUUGUAAAUUCUCUAAUAUAUCUGAAAACAAAUGAACACACGUCUGUCAAUCUUUGAAAGUCCGUAGAAGUACAGUGGUACCUCAGGUUAAGUACUUAAUUCGUUCCGGAGGUCCGUUCUUAACCUGAAACUGUUCUUAACCUGAAGCACCACUUUAGCUAAUGGGGCCUCCUGCUGCUGCCGCGCUGCCGGAGCCCGAUUUCUGUUCUCAUCCUGAAGCAAAGUUCUUAACCUGAAGCACUAUUUCUGGGUUAGCGGAGUCUGUAACCUGAAGCGUAUGUAACCUGAGGUACCACUGUAUAAUGAGUCUAUGGUUGAAACAAAGUAAUAGAUGCUACCCUGUGGGCUAAGCGGUAAAACUUUUUAGUCGUUACAUAUCCUUAUGACUACUGCUCCUUGUGCAUUUUUCUAAUCUCUGUGUUGUGCUGAAGAAGAUUCCAGCGAAAAAGUCAGAUUAUCCGGGAUAAUUCACUUACUACUUCGGCACCAUGAACGCCUAAAAAGUUUUACCGCUUAGCCCACAGGAUGGCAUCUAUUACUUUGUUUCAACCAUAGAAUCAUUCUACUUCUACGGACUUUCAAAGAUUGACAGAUGUGUGUUCAUUUGUUUUCAGAUAUAUGAGAGAAUUUACAAGUGUACACAUUUUGUUUUUGUUGUACUAAAUUAUUAUGUAAUAAGAACUACAGUGCUAUCUAGUAUACCGGUCUUCGUGUUGCUUGUGUUGUUUGUUGUGUAAAGAAGAAGAAGAAGAAGAAGAGUUUGGAUUUGAUAUCCCGCUUUAUCACUACCCAAAGGAGUCUCAAAGCAGCUAACAAUCUCCUUUUCCCUUCCUCCCCCACAACAAACACUCUGUGAGGCGAGUGAGGCUGAGAGACUUCAGAGAAGUGUGACUAGCCAAAGGUCACCCAGCAGCUGCAUGUGGAGGAGCAGGGAAUCGAACCUGGUUCACCAGAUUACGAGUCAACUGCUCUUAACCACUGCACCACACUCAGGUAGCAGGUAGUGGAGGAAAAACCUCUUACUGAGCCCUGGUGAGCUGCUGCCUGCCAGAGCUGACACUGCUGGAGCUAAAGGGGCAAGUACUUUGACUUGGGAAAAGCAGCAGAUACCAGUGGGGCCCUUCGCUGGUGCUGAGCACCUGCCUUCAUGCAGAAGGUUCUGGUUUCAAUCCCCAGCAUCUCUGGUUAAAAGGAUGAGUAGCAAGUCAUGGGAAAAACUGAGGCCCUGGAGAGCUGCUGCCAGUCAGAGUUGACAGUACUGGGCUAGGUGGGCCAACAUUGAUUCUAGGUAAGGCUGCCUCUGCGUGUAAGGAUAAAAAAGGGAUGGCUAUAAAAGGAGCAGGGAGGAGGAGGGAUGAAAUAAACGGACAGUUUGCGGGUGGACAUGGGGUACAGGGAUGCUGUCGGUGAUGGAAUCUGGGCCCUUCUGUAUGCAAGGCAAUUGCUGAGCUACAACACCCCUCGCCCGGUCUGCCCCUCUGUCCUGUCGCCCGGCAGCUGGGCUGGCAAGGUGGUCUAGCUACCCUGUGGGUUAGGGUGUCGUUCGUGGCAGACGGUCCGGGAUCCGGCUGCUUCGCAGACCAGCUUUGAUGUCGUCAUGGAAAGACGGGAGCCAGGAUCUUGACAGAGAGCUUUGCUCUUUUCCCCUGUUUGCCUUUCACCCUGUUGCCUUCGCCAGCAGUGUACACAGGGUGGUGCUUCGCCUCUUGUUGACCCAACAGUCUAUGCCUAGCAAACAAAUGCAGAUAGGAAAAGCGAGAAGGAAAUGAAGCAAUUCAGCAGCCAGAAAUGGAAUCAGGGUCUCCCAAGACUCCUGACAGAGGGUGCAAAUUCUCUAGGUACCUGGCCCAAUGGCAAUCUUACUGACUGGGCUCCCAAAAGCUUGCUUGCUUAUUUAUUUACUUAUUAUAUUUGCAUCUCACUUUUCUUCCUUGGAGCUCAAGGUGUCACACACAGUUAUUCCUCCCCCCCCCUCCAUUUUAUUUUAUUUGAGGCAGGUUAUUUUGCCCUCACAACAGCCCUGUGAGGUAGGUCCAGCUGAGAGACAGUGAACUUCAUGGCUGAGUGGGGACCUGAAUCCUGGCCUCCCAGGACCUAGCCUGACAAUCUAACCACUACACCACGCUGCCUUCCCUGAGGAGCUUCCAAGAGGUCCUACAUGCACCCAGUAGUUUUUGGACUCUCUUUCUGUGAAGCGCAAUGUCAUCCUCCCUGCGCCACAUGACAAAUACCUUGCAGUGCGGUGACUUGUGACCAUUGGGACUGGGGGUGGGGUGGAAUUCAGGGAGUCCAACAGUAGGUGGCGCUAGAGAUGAUGAUGAUGAUGAUGAUGAUGAUGAUGAUAAUAAUAAAUUUUAUUUAUACCCCACCCCACCCUCCCCGGCCAGAGCCGGGUUCAGGGCGGCUAACACCAGUAAAAUUACAGGAAAAACAUAACGGGGUGGGGGGACCCAAUUUAAAAUACAGGUUAGAAUGCAAUUUAAAAUACAGCCUCGUUUGGUGGUGUGGGUUAAACCAGAGAGCCUAGGACUCGCCGAUCAGAAGGUUGGCGGUUCGAAUCCCCGCGACGGGGUGAGCUCCCGUUGCUCGGUCCCUGCUCCUGCCAACCUAGCAGUUCGAAAGCACGCCAAAGUGCAAGUAGAUAAAUAGGUACCACUCCGGCAGGAAGGUAAACGGCAUUUCCGUGCGCAGCUCUGGUUCGCCAGAAGCAGCUUAGUCACGCUGGCCACAUGACCCGGAAGCUGUAUGCCGGCUCCCUCAGCCAGUAAAGCGAGAUGAGCGCUGCAACCCCAGAGUCAUCCGCGACUGGACCUAAUGGUCAGGGGUCCCUUUACCCUUUACUUUAUAGAUCAAAACCAUAAGGGGAGGGGAACAUAAGGAUCAGACUGAGUCCAAAAAAAUCCCUUUGGCACUGGACGGCCCAAAGAUGCUUUUCCUGGCAAACUUGAAAUGAAACAUGUGCCAUAGGUGGAUGUUUAUAAAAGUUUUUGCAUGUUAUUUGCUGGUUUGCUUUCUUGCUUAUGCCACCCUGGGCUCCUUGGGGAGGAAGGGUGGGGCGGAAAUUAAGUAAGGCCACCCACACAUUAUGCAUUUCAAGCAGGGAGGGGGAAGCUUUGGCCCUCCAGGUGUUGCUGAACUACGGCCUUGGACCAGUCGACCUGAAGGAGCAUCUCCACCCCCAUUGUUCUGCCCGGACACUGAGGUCCAGCACCGAGGGCCUUCUGGUGGUUCCCUCAUUGUGAGAAGCAAAGCUACAGGGAACCAGGCAGAGGGCCUUCUCGGUAGUGGCACCUCCCUGUGGAACACCCUCCCAUCAGAUGUCAAGGAAAUAAAGAACUCUCUGACUUUUAGAAGACAUCUGAAGGCAACCCUGUUUAGGGAAGAUUUUAAUGUUUGAUGUUUUAUUGUGUUUUUAAUAUUCUGUUGGGAACCGCCCAGAGUGGCUGGGGAAACCCAGUCAGAUGGGGAGGGUAUAAAUAAUAAAUUAUUAUUAGUAUCCUUGCAACAACCUUGUGAAGUAGAAUAGGCCAGCCAACUCUGUGGCUGAGUGGAGAUUUGAAUCAAAAUGUCCAACACAAUAAGCCAGAGGCUGGCAACCCGUGACCUUCCUGCUGUCAUUAGAAGUCCUAUCAGCUUCAAACAGCUUGACAUAUGGCUAGAGACAAUGAUAGUAGCAUCCGCCAUAUGGAACGCCGUCCCAUCAGAUGUCAAGGAAAUAAACAACUAUCUGGCUUUCAGAAGACAUCUGAAGGCAGCCCUGUUUAGGGAAGUUUUUAAUGUUUGAAGUUUUAUCGCUAUGAUGAUGGUGUUGGGAGCUGCUUAGAGUGGCUGGGGAAAUCCAGCCAGAUGGGCAGGGUAUAAAUAAUAAGUUGUUGUUGUUGUUGCUGCUGCUGCUGCUGCUGCUGCUGUUGUCUCCUGUCAUCCCUGGCCAUUGUCCAUGCUUUCUGGGGGCUGAUGGGAGUGUGCAUGGAGGACCUGGGCUGCCCAGAUGGCAAGCCCCCUCUCUCAGCCUCACUGAGGUGAUCCGAAGGAAAGCAGAGCAAGAUGUUUGGCUGCAGGAGUUGCUGGAAUUAGGCAUACAAGGUUCCAUCCAACCACCUUAGGGACAAAUCCACUCUGGAUUUGUACAGGGUUUACUCCUUAGCCUUUUCUUCUCCUGAAGUUGUCCCUCAAGGCAGUAAGUGGGAAUGAGAGAGAGUUCAGAAUCGGGGGCCCUUUGACUCGUUCUUUUAGCACUGGAGAGCUGUGCUGACUCACACAACUUUUGAGUUUGUUCCAGCUGCUUGCAGCCAGCACACUUACCUCCUUUUGAGUAAGUCAGGUUUCAGAAAGUAGACCUUGCCUACAGUAAGCAAAUAAAAGGUACAUUCCUCAAGUUAGGUUCCCACGCCCUGCCGAAAGCAGAGGGACUGGACGGAGCCUCCACUUUCUCCUACGAGGCCACAAGUUCCAGCUUCCAUCUAGACAGGGUGAAGUCUCAAAUUCCAGACUGAGCAGUUCCCCUCACAGGUCACAGAGCGCCUGCCUCCCCCCGACUUUAGGGAGGUAAAGGUAAAGGGACCCCUGACCAUUAGGUCCACUCCGGGGUUGCGGCGCUCAUCUCGCUUUAUUGGCCGAGGGAGCUGGCGUACAGCUUCCGGGUAAUGUGGCCAGCAUGACUAAGCCGCUUCUGGCGAACCAGAGAAGCGCACGGAAACGCCAUUUACCUUCCCGCUGGAGUGGUACCUAUUUAUCUCCUUGCACUUUGACGUGCUUUCGAACUGCUAGGUGGGCAGGAGCAGGGACCGAGCAACGGGAGCUCACCCCGUCGUAGGGAUUCGAACUGCUGACCUUCUGAUCGGCAAGUCCUAGGUUCUGUGGUUUAACCCACAGCACCACCCGCGUCCCUUUAGGGAGGUACUCUUCUCUUUAAAUCAUAGUAAUUAUUUCUAAAUGUGCCUCUGAACAGAACACAAAAUAUGUGCAUUUUGUGCAGACCCACAACACUCUUUUUGGCAUUGCAGAAGGGGCCGCCUCUACAUUUGCCCCAGCCAAGGGAAAUAGUCAUUCUCUCUCUCUUUCCCAGGGGCAAAGCACUUAUAGCCUGUGGACGGUCUAUGGCUCCUUGGGGAAGGAUAUGCUUUGCGUGCAGAACAUCCCAGGUUCAAGAUCUGGGAUCUCCAAAUAGGGCUGGCAUUUCCCCCUGCCUGACCCCUGGAGAGCCUCUGCCACUCAGCUCGACGGACCGGUGUUCUCCCUCAGCACCCUCUGUCCCUGUGCCCUUCAGCGUCUUUUAUGCUUUGUCGACAAACCGUGUGUGCCAACACGUGUGACAUCUGGCAGUGGGUGCAGCUUGGGAAAGGCGAUCGUGAUGUCAGGACUGCAAUCAGGCGUAGGUCAGCGCUGAAACAAUAAAUCGCCCAAGGCCAGUGAAGUUAACUCUUUAUCAAAGGAAACAAACCAUAGCUCAGGCCUAGUGGUCAUGGCAAUUCUUUCCAGGAGGUCUUGCCCCAGUGAGGCCGCUGUGAAGACUGAAGGUUCCCACCUUCCCCCAGCUCCCCUAGUCGUCUUCCUUCCCCAGUGAUCUGAGGCUCCAUUGCUUGUCUCUCAUUGCUCUGCCCUCUUCAUUUCUCUGCAUGUUCUGGGAGACCAGGGCAGCUUCUUGCAGCAGGACAGGGAGAUUGCCUGGCUUCAUCAGCAGCCUGGCUCAUCUCUGUCUCCUGGCCUCCCCUCCUCUCCAGCCUCCGCUUCUGCAUCCGAGUCUGGACUGUUUUCUGGCACAGACUCUCCCUGCUCACUAAACCCUGUGGCCUCUCCAGCUUCCCACACCUCCUCUUCUCAGUCUGCUCCUUCUUCUCCCUCUGAAUACUCCUCCUUGUACCACCCCCACUACCUGCUCCAUCACCUGGAGCGGUGAACAUCCAGGGGCGUGGCUGGCGUGUGUCCCAGGGGGCGUGGCACACCGCCCACAGGUGGUGUUACACGCAUUGGGGGGCUGCGCGGCAAGCGACAUGCGUCCUGGGGCGUGCGCGGCGAGCAUCCUGGGGUGUGCGGCAAGUGCUGAGCAUCCCGGGAGGGGUGGCAGCCGCGAUGUCAACCCCCCCUCCAUGACACCCGGUGUGGGCUACUCACUCUGCCCCCACCUUCGUCCGCCAGUGGUCCCCUGGUAUAGCGAUCACACAGGGUCCCCGGACGUUUAACGGUCUAUUGAUCGCUGUGCCAUCACUGUGCUCGCUUCCCCGCUGCCACCAACCCGUUACUCUUGGAUAAAACACUGAGUCCAGACCGUUGUUAAAAUUGAACCAAAUAAACAAGUUUAUUUUAUAAGCAUUAACAAGUUUAUGGUUUCUCAGAUAAAAUUUCCUGUCAGUUUCUUCACUUUAGUUUCUUUACCGGCCUAUACGGGUUUCCUAUAAGGACACGGGUGGCGCUGUGGGUUAAACCACAGAGCCUAGGACUUGCCGAUCAGAAGGUUGGCGGUUCGAAUCCCUACGACGGGGUGAGCUCCCGUUCUUCGGUCCCUGUUCCUGCCAACCAAGCAGUCUGAAAGCACGUCAAAGUGCAAGUAGAUAAAUAGGUACCGCUCCAGCUCUGGUUCGCCAGAAGCGGCUUAGUCAUGCUGGCCACAUGACCCGGAAGCUGUACGCCGGCUCCCUCGGCCAAUAAAGCGAGAUGAGUGCUGCAACCCCAGAGUCAGUCACGACUGGACCUAAUGGUCAGGGGUCCCUUUACCUUUACCUUGCCUUCCUAAUACCUUCUGACUGAUUAUAUCAACUGUUUGACUGACUCCUCUUCACAGAUUCUCUCACUCUCCCGCAUCAGACUAGCUCAACCCACAGACUUAUCCUCUCUUUGUCUCUAACUCCAGACUAACUUCUCAACCCCCCUAACUCUAACUCAAAUUCCUCCCCUUGGGUUAGUCAUUUUACAAUUCGUUAACCCUUUCCUUAUGAACCCAGUAUGAUGUCACACACCUAAGAGGGCAAACGCCACACCUGGCCACAAGAGGCAGCCCGCUGUCAAGUACUUCUUGCGUAGAAAGGGCUCUACAGAUCCUAACCCAUCUGCUUUCCUUUCCCUAGCUACAGGAAGCCCAUUGGGACAUGCUGCGCCGCGGACCCGCCGGGGUCUCCUCCAGCUCGCCGGGGCGAUCUUGUGCACCACACAGCGCUCGCCGUUUGCCUACAUGCGCUACGGGUGCUACUGCGGUUUGGGAGGGACCGGCUAUCCCAGGGACAAGGCAGACUGGUGAGUAUGAGAUCCGUCAGGUCAAAAUAUCUGAAAUGUUCUGUUCCAGAAAUGCAUUAUUUCUUCCCCUAUCUCUGUCUAACACUACAGUUGUACCUUGGUUGGCGAAUGCCUUGCGAGUCGAACGUUUUGGCUCCCGGACGCCGCAAACCCGGAAGUGAGUGUUCCGGUUUGCGAAUGUUCUUUGGAACCCGAACAUCCGACGCGGCUUCCGAUUGGCUGCAGGAACUUCCUGCAGCCAACUGGAAGCCGCGCCUUGGUUUCCGAACGUUUUGGAAGUUGAACAGACUUCAGGAACGGAUUCCGUUCAGCUUCUGAGGUACCACUGUACUUGGGUGCAGAUAAACAACAUGAAAUGUGACGUGCGUCUGUUGAAGAAAUUGCACUUGAAAAUGAUCAAAGGGGCGAAAUCUCCAUAGGCGAAGGUUCUGGGUUUCUGAUACACUUAAUUUUGAGGGAGGUGUCCUUUUUUCUCUCCUGAAAGUCAUUUUUCAGGACACCUUGGAACUCCACAUCCCAAAGUUAAGUGGGGAGGAACACACAGUCUUGAGUCUAGAAAGCCUUUCCUGUUCGAGUUUUUUGUUUUAUAUUUAAUUUUUAUUUAUGAAUUUAUAAAAGUGCAAAAUACAGAACUGAAGAAUAAGUGAAAGAAACAGAAGGAAAAAAGAGAAAACAGAUGCAUUACAUCAGUACUUUUUUUCUUUAAAAAUGUUUAGGGGUACUCUCAUUUUGAAUCAAGAAAACCACCAUUUUAGAGUUCAAAUCGGGGGAAAUAAAUACAGUAAAUGGACAAAAGUACAAAGAUACACAAAAAUGUUUAGGGGUAUGCAUACCCCCAGAAAAAAAGCACUGCAUUACAUCAAUCCAUAAUUCUAUUCCAUCGACUUCCAUGGCUUCCUAAAGUUUCCCAUUCCCACUGCAUAUUCUGUUUUUUCUAACUAUUUAAACAUUCAAAUUAUUCUCCUUCUAAACUAUAACUGCUGAACUUACUCCGAACCGAUUAAAGUUCUAACACUUUUACAAUGGUUUUCUAAGUAGUCUACAAAUGGCUUCCAUUCCUCUUAAAAACCUUUCUCUUCUUGGUCUCUAAUUUUGCCGGUUAAGCUUGCUAAUUUUGCAUAUUCCGUUAAUUUCGUCUGCCACUCCUUGGUAGGGACUAUCUCCUCUCUCCAUCUUUGUUCAUAUAGGAUUCUCGCUGCUGUAGUGGGCAUACAUAAACAAAUUUGUUUGUUUACUUGGUACCUCAGAUCUCAUUAUUCCUAACAGGAAGGCCUCUAGCCUCUCUCCUGUUUACGUUUCUGGGGACAGAGCCCAUCCCACAAGCUUACAACUUAAAAGACAUGACACAUGAGGAAAAAAGGAUGUGAGGGUAGAGGAAAAAAGCAAACUCAGAUGCCGAGCUUUAAAGUUAAAUAGAAUGUCUUGGGCCAGAGCAAAGCUAAGUAGCUUCAAACUUCUGGAUGGGAAGGCUCAUUUAGAAAUCUAAAUAAGCAAACAGGAACCGGUUGAAAAGAAAGAGAGCACUCCUAGCCAAAGGUUUGGAGCUGCCUAGCUUUGCUGUGGCCCCACCCACAAGACAUUAUAUUUAGCUGUAAGUAUUGGUGCCUGAGUUUGCUUUUUUCCUCUACCCUCCCCGUAAUUUUCCUUGUGUGACAUGUCUUUUAAAUUAUAAGCCUGUGGGGUAGGGAAUAAUUUUAAACAAGAGACCAGGAUGACGGGGGAGGAGUGAGAUUAGACCUUCAAGAGUAAGGAUGGGGGGGGGGAAAUGCUGUACCUAAUUCACACUUUGCAAAACUAUAUGGAAAUUGUAACACGGCUAUCCUGUGAAAUGGGCCCUUCUCCAAAUGUUGUAAGGCAGUUCUCAAGCCUAAUGUAUGUAGAAUGUAGAUAUUAUGGCAAAGUGUGCAUCGAAGUACAGUUAUACCUCAUGUUAUGGACGCUUCAGGUUAUGUGUUUUCGGGUUGCGGACCGUGGGAAACCCGGAAGUACCAGAACAAGUUACUUCCGGGUUUUGCCGCUCACGCAUGUGCGCAGAAGCGCUAAAUGGCGCUUUGUGCAUGCGCAGAAGCCAAAUCACGCCUGCGCAGACGCGGCGCUUCAGGAUGCGAACGCUGCGGGUUGCAGUCGUGCCUCCAUCAUGGAUUACGUCCACAACCCGAGGUUCCACUGUACAUACAGUAUAUUAGUGAAAAUAACAGACAAAAAUGCAGAGAGUUUAGGAAAAUUGCCUGCAAAAACGUAUACUGCCUGGAAAACUGCAUACAAAAAACUGCAUACAAAAAAACCCUGCAUACGGGGGGGGGGGGGAAUUGUGAGGACUUUGUAAAAGAAAGGUGGUGAAACGAACUUAAAGUUGGAAGAAUGAGACACGGAAAUUGAUGGAUUCGGCCACCCCUAUUCCAGAGAGAGAAAGCCACUGCCACAUCAGAAUGUGCAAACUUGGAAACUGCACCAGAUUCUCUGGCUAAGGCCAAACCACUUUUCCUGUGUUUGGGGGAAAUAACCCACAUCCUUGGGCAGUUCGAAAAUAAAAACCACCGCCCAAAAUAUAGCCAUCUAUACGGGAUAUAUUUUAUGACCAUCUGGCUACUGCAAUGAAAUUUUUGAAAAACAAGACCUCCAUUGCUUCCCACAAUCUUGCAAAAUGAGAAGAUGUGACUUUAAUUGCUAUGCUCGUGGCACAGCGGGAAGAUUUUGGGGCACAUGUCACCAGCUGUUUCCACUUCUCCCAGAACUUCUCCCAGCCCCAAAUCCAGACUAAAAUGUAGGCUAGCAGGUCAGCUUCCGGUUGCUGUUGUUUCGAAGGCAUGGAGAUGGCAAGCUGGUACUUUGAUCCGCCCCAAAAGAAGGCCCUCCUACGCAACUUGUAGGGCCAGGAGUUGAGAGGAAGGUGACCUUUUCAUAGACUUGGAAGCUCUCCCUUUGCCUAGAGCUUCGUGGCAGCAGCUGGCUGGCUCCCAGAGAGCUUAUGCGUAACUAAGGGCGGGGAAUACAUUGGGUUCAGUUUGCUUUUAAAGACGAACCUGUCCAGUUUGCACUUUAUGGGAACUGAAAUGUGGCCGUACUGCAGAAGUCACACUCCUCUGAAUGUUGCAAUUCAGGAAUAAUAAUAAUAAUAAUAAUCAUAAAUAAUAAUAAUCAUCAUCAUCAUCAUAAUAAUCCCCAGCCAUUCUGGGUGGCUUCCAACAAAAUACAGUGGUACCUCAGGUUAAGUACUUAAUUCAUUCCGGCGGUCUGUUCUUAACCUAAAACUGUUCUUAACCUGAAGCACCACUUUAGCUAAUGGGGCCUCCUGCUGCUGCCGCACCGCCGGAGCACGAUUUCUGUUCUCAUCCUGCGGCAAAGUUCUUAACCCGAGGUAUUAUUUCUGGGUUAGUGGCGUCUGUAACCUGAAGCGUAUGUAACCCGAGGUACCACUGUAUUAAAAUACAGUAAUGCAUCAAACAUUAAAAGCUUCCCUAAAGAGGGCUGCCUUCAAAUGUCUUCUAAAAGUCUGGUAAUUGUUCUUCUCUUUGACAUCUGGUGGGAGGGUGUUCCACAAGGCAGGUGCCACCACUGAGAAGGCCCUCUGCCUGGUUCCCUGUAACUUGGCUUCUCGCAGUGAGGGAACCGCCAGAAGGCCCUCAGAGAUGGACCUCAGUGUCCAAGUAGAACGAUGGGGGCGGAGACGCUCCUUCAGAUAUGACUGUGUUGUGUCUCUUCAGUUGUCGAUACACGCAGGCAGGGAAUGCCUUGCCUUGCUUUAACUGUGUGUGCAUCUACACAUGCAAGUCGCCCUGAGAGCCGCUCUGGCCGUAGGGCAUUGUGCAAGUGCUCUAAAAACAAAGCCAUCAUCCUCUCUUCUGGGCCGGCAGGUGCUGCUUCCAGCAUGACUGCUGCUACGGAGAAGCCGAGAAGGAGGGCUGCUCCCCCAAGUUGCAGAAGUACACCUGGGAGUGCGAGAACAACUCGGCCAAGUGUGGUGAGUGGAUAUUCCCCUGGCGGGGAGGAGCUUUGCUGCCAUAACGGCAGCUGUAUCUGACAACCUCCCCUCCUGCCCUCUCUUAAAGGUAAAGGGACCCCUGACCAUUAGGUCCAGUCGUGGCCGACUCUGGGGUUGCGGCGCUCAUCUCACUUUAUUGGCCGAGGGAGCCGGCGUACAGCUUCCGGGUCAUGUGGCCAGCAUGACUAAGCCACUUCUGGCAAACCAGAGCAGCGCACGGAAACACCCUUUACCUUCCCGCCAGAGCGGUACCUAUUUAUCUACUUGCACUUUGACGUGCUUUCGAACUCCUAGGUUGGCAGGAGAAGGCACCGAGCAACGGGAGCUCACCCCCUCGCGGGGAUUCAAACCACCAACCUUCUGAUUGGCAAGUCCUAGGCUCUGUGGUUUAACCCACAGCGCCACCCGCGUCCCUGCCCUCUCUUAGGGAUGCACUUUUAAGAGACUCCUUUUGCAUUUUCCAUUUCUUCUCAGAACCAAGGGCAAAGAUUGCCCGCUUGAAACUGCCCAGUAAGCUACUCCAAGCAGGCAUGGCUUCAGAGCUGGGUAGAGUUGGCAGGGCAUCCAUGCAGCAGCUGGAUCGCUGGAGCCGACCCCAGCAGCUGGUCCCACUGGCAUGGAGUUUGGCAGCAUUGCAGCUCCCAAUUGCCCCCUUCAUUCACCCUGGUGGCCAUAUCUGCUAGUAGCAUCAGCAGCCCUCUUUGCCUAGGACCUGAAUGCAAUGCUCAGCAUCCUGACACCGCAGGGAAAACAACACGGCCCUGAUCCGGCUUGGAUUCUUUAGCUGCUAUUCCUGCAUUGCAUGGGGUUGGACUAGAUGCCCCUUGUGGCCCCUUCUGAUGCUACAAUUCUGUGAUUCUAAGGCCCAAGAGAUAGUCUAGCUGUAAGCAAGGAGCAUAGCUGUCGACCGUCCCUUAUUUGGCGGGAAACUCCCUUAUACCAACGCCAUGUCCCGCUGCUGUCCCUUAUUGAUGAUGUCCCUUAAACUUCCCGGGUUUCAAAGGAAACAGCUCCUCUCCCUCCCUCCCUGCCAGCCAGGGAGGAGGGAGGCUCCAAAUGUGUUGCUUGGCUGCCCGGCCCGCCCCCUCCGGCCUCCUCUCACCAGCCUCGGCCCCAGGGAGCCCCUCCCCGCCGGGACUGGCUGGAGCCUCAAGCCCUUCCGCCACCAUCCUCCUCGCAGCCGCCGAACUGAACGUCUCUGCCUGGGGCCUCCCCUCUGCCCGUCACCGCUGCUCCCGCUAGGCCGUACUGCGGCUGCGCCGCCGAAGGACCCAGAUGAGAUGGGCAGCCUGGCACAGCCUAUGAAUUGCUGAGGAGCCUUGAGAGGAGAGCGAGGGCAACCAUAGAGAAAGCAGUUCAGAGAGAGGAGGCGGAGGCAGAGGCGCGGGCAGGUGUUCCAAGGGCUAACCACAGAGGGGGAAAGCGGAGGAAGGACCGCAAGCGUUUCUCCCAUAGAUUUGUAGUGGUGGACUAGCAUAGAUGGUCUGAUCUGCGGGUUUACUUCGGGCGCUAUUCCCGCUCCCUUCCUCCCACCCUGCCUGAUGGAACUGAGAGCUGCAGAUGGAGCACGAGAGAAAAGAUACAGAAUUGCAGCAGCAUCUUCGUAGCUUGGACUUCGUUUUGCGCAAAAAGCGGUUGCUGCUUGUAGUUAUUUAAUUGCAGUGUUUCACCAGCCGGUGUCUUGAGUAGCAACCUCUGGAAAUGAAGGGCUAAAAACCGGCGCUGCUCUCCAAAAUUAUCUGGUCCCUUUUAACUUCGUGUUUCAGCUGGUUGUCUAAAAUCCCUUAUUUUGGCUGCUGAUCCCUUAUUUUCGAGGCUGCUGGUCCCUUAUUUUCAAAUCUGUAAGUUGACAGCUAUGGCAAGGAAUUUCAGAGAGGUGUCCAUGUCAGAUUAAGCAGGUGUGGGGAAGCUUUGGCCCUCCAGAUGCUGCUGAACUACAAAUUGGGACGUUGGGGAUGUCGUGGGAUAGUUCAGUAAAUAUGCAGGUUUUGUGUGUGACCGCUGUGAAAAAAGGGCAAAUUCCACGCUAGGGUUCAUUAGGAAAGGAAUUUAUCACCGUGCUGUUAUACAAAUCUAGGGGGCGACAGCAUUUGGAGUACAGUUCUGGUUGCCUCGCCUCAAAAAGGAUAUGGAAAAGGUUCAGAAAAGGGCAACUGAAAUGUUCCAAUGGGAUGGAGGAAAGAUGGCAGCUUAGAGGAAAGGCAAGUAAGAGGCGACAUGAUAGAAAUUUUUAGGAUUACGCAUCGCAUGAAGAAAGUGGAGACAAACUUUUCUCCCUCUUUCGUAACACUGGAACUUGCGGACAUCUAUCAAAGCUGAAUGUUGGAAGAUUUGGGAUAGAUAAAAAGAAAGGAUUUCUUCACUCACUGCAUGGUUAAAUUGUGGAACCCGCUCCCACAGGAGGCAGUGAUACCCACCAAUUUAAUGACUUAAAAAGAUUAGCCAAAUUCAUGGAGCAGAGGGCUGUUUAUGGCUGCUAGAUGGGAACUGGGAAUCUAGGGCACUAGGUUAAGGGAGGCUGCCCUACCCACUUACAGUGGGACUUACUUCUGAGUAACCACACAUAGGAUGUGCUUCAUCCCAUUAGUGUUUCUGUCAUUCCUAAAGACACUGGCCCUUCCAAGACCCUGGGCAUCCAGUUUUAUUCAAAAUAUUUAGUAUCUAAGUAAGUAUUUCAUUCCCUCUCGUUCUACUGAAGGCCAGAAAAAUCUGCGCACUCUGGUACCCAUUUUGCAAUGCCUCGAAUGACGGGCUUGAUUCCUGGUCUCCCUUUUUCUUUCCACAGAGGAUAUAGAAGACAAGUGCCAAAAAAUGGCUUGCGAAUGCGACCGCGAAGCAGCCAAGUGUCUGGCGAGUGCCCCCUACAAUUCCCAGUAUUUGUUCUGGCCGGAUACUUUAUGUGGGUCGUUCAACCCUCAAUGUGAAGAUGAUUAAGAAAGGGCGUCACUUGGGCCAGGCUUCACAGACAUGGGACGUUCCCCUCCUCGAGUCACUUCUCAAAAACAAAUCAAAGCGGCUCUAGAUUUCACCCAGCUUUGGAUGGGUGUUGUCUAGACCAACUUCCAAAUAAUUUCAGCCAUUCUUCAAACAAGAAACAUUUCCCCAAACAGAAGGGGAUAACAUGCUCCAAGACAGCUCCUUGGCCCAGGUGACGCAAAGCUGCCUACCUAACCUCGGUACAUCUCAUUUCAAUUCAGUAUGUGAUAUUCUCCUCUGGGUUAUAAGUCUGAAGUGUCGUCCAGAAAGGACUCAGCCCCCAGAGUAACCAUUUCCUUAUCUUGUAUACCCCAGGCAAAAGUUUGCUUGACCAUGAAACCUCAGACCAGUCUAUCUCACAGGGCUGUUGUGAAGGGAAGAAGGGGGAGAGGGAGAAGAAGAAGGUUUUUUGGUAAAAAUGUAAUACUAAUAAUAAAUAUUAGAAAAAAAAUCUUCCGUU